GUAAACACUUGCUGAAGCUGAUCCAAGAGAAUAUAUAUAUAUAUAUAUAUAUAUAUGAAAAAUACUCAAUUAUUCUCAGUUUCUUCUCCGGUGUUGAAUUUUCUUCCAUUUUAAUAAAGAUUCUGGGAAUUCAAGAAAUUGACUUGAAUUCCCCGAAUUGGAAAAAAAAUCGGAGAUAAUACGAAGAGAAAGAAAAUCAAAGAAAAAGGUGAAAAAAUGAAGCCGAUGGAGACGAUACAGGAUCUGAUCGACGAAGCCAAAGUACGGACAGUUUGGUGGGUCAUAGCAAUCUUUGCCGUCACUUACUUCUUGUCUCAUACAAGUACAUCAAUGUGGAUGAAUUUACCUGUAGCAGUUCUUAUACUGUCGGCAUUGCGAAUUUUAACUAAUGAGGUUGAGUUCAGAUGGAAAAUUAAAUCAGUUCGUCCGCAAACUUAUUUAUCUCAUUUGGAGAAGAAACAGUUGUCUGUGAAUGAUUACCGGCUUUCUAGCACACCACCUCCGCCCAAGUGGAAGAGGAAAAUUGAUUCUCCUAUGGUGGAGUCAGCUAUGAAUGAGUUUAUUGGUAAAAUACUCAAGGAUUUUGUUACUGAUUUAUGGUAUUCGGAGAUCACUCCAGAUAGGGAGACCCCUGAAUUGAUGCGUGCGGUGAUUUUGGAUGCUAUUGGUGAAAUAUCAGGAAGGGUGAAAAGGAUAAACCUUGUUGAUUUGCUAACAAGGGAUAUAGUUGAUUUGAUAGGGGACCACUUGGAUCUCUUUAGAAGAAAUCAAGCUGCAAUAGGUGUUGAUGUUAUGGUAACAUUGUCAUCUGAGGAGAGGGAUGAAAGACUGAAACACCAUCUUCUGGUUUCUGAAGAGCUUCAUCCUGCAUUGAUUUCACCAGAGAGUGAGUACAAGGUUAUUCAGAAGCUUGUCGGUGGAAUUUUAGCAAUAGUAUUGAGACCACGAGAAGCUCAAUGUCCUCUGGUUCGAACUAUUGCCCGUGAGAUUGUAACUUGCUUGGUAUUGCAACCUCUUUUGAAAUUGGCAAGCCCUGGGUAUAUCAAUGAAGUGAUUGAACAUGUUCUACUUGCCAUUAAAGAUGAUACAAAUAAGAUGGUGGUUGGUUCUGAUCAGCCUUCAGUAGGAGUACAUGGUGACGAUUCUACCUCAUAUAAAAAAUCUUCCUCAAACAGUCAAGGAGCUGAUUUGACUUUGGCUAGAAUUGAUGAUAGGAAAGAAACAUAUUCAGAUUGUAACAGAUAUGAGGAAGAAUCAGUACAGCCUCGACCAGCUGAUUGGGCUCGAAUAUUAGAGGCAGCAACUCAAAGAAGAACUGAAGUUCUUGCCCCUGAAAAUCUUGAAAACAUGUGGACUAAAGGAAGAAACUACAAAAAGAAGAACAAACAUGAAAAAGCAGGAUUUCAAGAAUCUAUUACAAAGGAUUCUGUGACAAAGAGUGCAGUAUUAACAGGGAAUUCAGGCAGUGAAAUCUCUACCAGCAAGUUUGGAACUUCAACUGGAAGGGAAGAGAAAAAUGUGAUGCAGCUGAUGCCUGGUUUAAGUAAUGACACUCAGUUAUGUGAUGAUAACACUACCGGCACGAAGUUGGAAUUGGAGUUUAACAAGUCAUCAUCAUUUGAAGGAGAUCAUCUUGUCGGAAAACAUACUGAUGCCAGCAAGCAAGCUGCUGAUGGAAAUAAGAAUAGGCUUAGGAGAUCCAGCAGUACCUCUGACUUGAAAGUUAAACCUGAUAUAAAGAAGGCACUUACAGGAGAUAUUGGAAGGCCAAUUUCUGAGUUCUACAGCCAUGAUGUUGGCAGGCAUAGUGAAGAAUAUAGUGGCAAGAUUGCCUCUAAUAUGGUGCUUCACAAUGAGGAACCACACACUCCAAAACUUACAUGUCGGGUUAUUGGAGCAUACUUUGAGAAACUUAAAUCAAAACCAUUCGCAGUUUAUUCAAUUUCUGUGACAGAUGCAGAAAACAGAACUUGGUUUGUCAAGAGAAGAUACAGUAACUUUGAACGGUUGCAUAGACAUCUUAAAGAAAUUCCUAAUUAUACAUUGCAUUUACCUCCCAAAACGAUAUUUUCAUCAAGCACUGAGGAUGCUUUAGUUCAUCAGCGCUGCAUUCAGCUUGACAAAUAUCUACAAGAUCUGUUGUCUAAAGCCAACGUGGCUGAACAGCAUGAAGUGUGGGAUUUUUUAAGUGUUUCCUCAAAGAAUUACUCGUUUGGAAAAUCUUCUUCGGUGAUGAGAACCCUUGCAGUCAAUGUGGAUGAUGCUGUGGACGACAUCGUACGCCAGUUUAGAGGAGUAUCAGAUGGCUUAAUGCGCAAAGUUGUCGGUUCAUCUUCUCUUCCUAUUGAAGCCUCUUCUUCAGCUGACAGGACCUUGUCAUGGAAUGCAGAUGAGAUGGCUAAGGACAUUUCUAGGCAAAGUAACUUAGAAACAGUGAAUAGUGCUUCUGACAAUGACGAACGGUACAAGGAUGGUAGCCAUGAUCAGGAUGAUAGAUCUGGUCCACAAGGUCAUGGCUCGCAUUCAGAGGAUGAAUUGAAGUCAAAGAGUUUGCCACCAAAGGUGAUAGAACAAGGUGGAGAACCUGACAAUUUUGUUCCUGAGAAACAGGAUUUAGGUGUGAAACCUGAAUUACUUGGCCAGGGUGGAUUUCCUGAAGUAAAAUUUUCAUCAACAUCCAGCCCUUGGGAGGAUCCAGUUGGAAUGCCCCCCGAGUGGACACCACCUAAUGUGAGUGUACCUUUGCUGAAUCUAGUUGAUAAGGUGUUUCAGCUGAAGAGAAGAGGCUGGCUAAGAAGACAGGUCUUUUGGAUAUCUAAGCAAAUAUUACAGCUGGUUAUGGAGGAUGCCAUUGAUGACUGGCUUUUGAGGCAGAUUUAUUGGCUUCGGAGGGAAGACACUGUUGCCCUAGGGAUUCGAUGGGUUCAAGAUGUUCUAUGGCCAGGUGGUACGUUCUUUACAAAAUUGGUGAACAUUCAGAGCAAAUUUGGUGAUACCCAACAGCCGAACCAGCAACUUUCAGGGACCUCCAGCCAGUUUAGUGGGAGUAAUGUCUCUAAACCUGGGUCCUUUGAGCAACAACUUGAGGCUACUCGUAGAGCUAGUGACAUCAAAAAAAUGCUUUUUGAUGGAGCUCCGACGACCUUAGUUAGCUUGAUCGGGCAUAAACAAUAUCGACGGUGUGCAAGAGACAUUUAUUAUUUCACUCAGUCCACUAUAUGUGUGAAGCAACUUGCUUUUGCGAUAUUAGAACUUCUACUCGUAUCUAUUUUCCCCGAGAUGCGGGAACUUGUGAAGGAUCUUCAUGGCAAGAAACAAAUUAAAGUCGCGUAGGAUUUCCGUUUUGGAUGAUCGGACUCAAGGAACCUGAAAAAUACCGAUGUAAGUCUACCAGUACUAUUCCUCUCAGUCAUGUUGACACCAAAUUUAGACUUGACCAUUCAUAUACUUGUGUUGUGUUCGUAUAAUAUUUUUUUUCGUGUUGUGUCCGACAUUUCCAGUGUCGAUUAGGAAAUAGUUAUUGUAAAUGUAGAUAUAAUGGUCUGUACAGAAAUCAGUUCAUCGCCGUGAAGUAGGAAUUUGCUGUUGAUUUUGUGUUGGAAUUUUUGGAACAUUUAAGAAACAUAGUGACCGAUAACCUGUAUUGAUUCGUAAUGGAAAUUUAUGCCUUUA